AUGGGCCUGAUGAAUAUGUUCUCUUCUAUCGCACAGCGAGCAGAGAAGUUCUUGAAUGAGAAGAACACGUUGACAGACUUUCUGGGGAACUUGGAGGAGAAGACUGGGAUAAAGAAGAAGCUCCUUGCAGCAGGUGCCGUCUCGCUGACUGGACUCUACCUGAUGUACGGAUAUGGAGCCUCACUCGUCUGCAACCUGAUCGGUUUCGUCUAUCCAGCUUAUUUUUCAAUCAAAGCCAUCGAAAGUCCGAGCAAAGAAGACGACACCAAAUGGCUGACGUACUGGGUGGUGUACGGCGUCUUCAGCCUGGGCGAGUUCUUCUCCGAUAUUUUCCUCUACUGGUUUCCAUUCUACUACGCAUUUAAGUGUCUCUUCCUGUUGUGGUGCAUGGCCCCGAUGGCGUGGAACGGCUCCCAGGUCAUCUACGACCGGGUGGUGCGUCCCGUCUUCCUCCGCCACGAGGCCACGGUGGACAACAUGGUGAGCGACCUCAGCGGGAAGGCCAUGAACGCUGCUGAGCACCUCACCAGAGAAGUCCUGUCCUCUCUGGUGAAGAACAGAGCUCUGGUGACUCCGCUGCCGCCCGUCACUCAGGCUGAAGCCAUCAGUUUACCGAGCUCAUCGACGGAAACAUCAGCAGCUAGAAGAGCGACGUCCCAGCCGAGUGAAGAACGACCCGUACGUAUCUGCUCCUCCUCCUGGUCCACUUUCCCUCUUGAAGAGAUCAAACUUUAUACGACAACAGAGGGUCAUGUGACCACAUCUGAGGGCAAAGGUCACAAAGUCAGUGACGAGGAAAGAGUUAAGGGUCACUGA